GGAAUUGCUCAUUGAUGCGGCACUGAGAGGGGAUCUAGCAUUACUGCAUGACAUAACUGCAAGAGAUGUUUACAUUUUGGAUAAAGUUUUGGUGGGAAGUUUCAAAGGGAAAACCCACUUCAUGUGGCUAUAUCAAUAGGGAGAACAAAAUUUGUUCUAGAAGUUUCGGAAAUUAAACCAGAUCUUGCUGAAGUUUUAGAUACGGAACAAGGGGCGGCCCUUCACGUAGCAUCUGCUAAGGGAAACGUAGAGAUUGUGAAAGCUUUGGUGGAUAUUAGCCCUGAGAUGUGCCUAGCUCGUGAUCGGGAUGGUAAUAACCCCCUUCACAUUGCUGCCAUCAAAGGUCAGGUCCAAGUCUUAAAAGAACUGGUUCAAACCAGACCACAUAGAGCUCAAGUUAAGGUUGAUCAAGGCGACACCAUCUUGCACUUAUGUGCAAAGUAUUAUCAACUUGAUUGUCUAGAACUACUACUAGACGUGAUUCCAGAUCCAGAUUUUGUCAAUGAUGCUGAUAUCGAUGGCAACACCAUAUUGCAUCUAGCUGUUUUUGAAAAACGAUUUGAGAUGAUCAAGCAUGUGCUUAGCAACAGCAAAAUAGAAGUGAACGCGGUAAAUAAAAGUGGGCGAACGGCGCUGGAUAUUCAUUCCCUAGCAGGAAAUUCACCAGAUUUGGAGAUUCAAAACAUCUUACUCAAUGCUGGGGCCAAAAGGAGCGAACAGGUUUCAGUUGCCGAGGUUAAGCAUCUUGAGCCUUCGUGGCAGGCUAACAGAAGGAAUACACUUAUGGUUGUAGCUUCACUGAUCGCGACAAUGGCAUUUCAAGUUGGGGCAAACCCGCCGGACGGUGUUUGGCCAGACAAUUCAGUACAAGUUGCCGGGACAGCUAUAAUUGCUUAUUCAACCCAUAUUAGUACCGGAUGUUUUUGUAUGUAA